CAGCAACAACAGCAGCAGCAUGCAGUUAAUGAGGAGCCUCUCAGCUGUUCCAAUGACCUACAAUGAAGACAGGAGAAAGCAGCUUUCUGCUGUCAUGACUCUUCCUCUGACGACCCCCUCACACCUGACUGCUGCUCAGCUACAGGAAGACACCAACAACCCAAACCAAAUUCCUUUACUUUACCAAUAAAGCUCGUUCAUGAUGAUUCUGAUGCUGAUUCUGAUGUGUGAGACGGUAAUCCAAUGAAAUUUUGAAGGAACUCCUUGAGUAAAAUAUAUGCAAAAACAAAAAGUCUUUAAAAUCCUUGUACUGGCUAUUGGCACGCCCUUGAAAAAAGAAAAUAUUAGUUGACACCUUUACAGGACAGAUAAACAAGUCAAACACAACUGCAGCUAAACUGAAAAAAUCCAAGAAAUGUUAACACACAAACGGUCAGAUUACAAUCUACUUUACAUGAAUUAUAGAUAUAACUGACUAUAUGCCAUCAGUGACAAGUGUUUUAGGUUGUGUAUUUGGGAGAAUUUAUGAAACCUGAAAAUCUCUUUACAAUUCUUCUUCGUGCCAGAAAAAAGCAACCAGAGACUCAUCUUAAUUCAUAAACCCUCUUUGUCAGAAGCAGCUGCGCGGGGGAAAACCACGGCUGUGCGGGAGGUGUGUCUGUAUCACUUUUACCACUUCUUCCAGGAAGUAGACUCUUUUUUUCUGUCUUCUUGGGUAAAAGUGUCACGUCUGGUGGCGUUGAUGGUGAAGUUUUGCUGCCAUGUCGGACUCUUUGGAGAGAAACACCAAAAUCAGCCAGCUGAAGGCGUCGCUGGUGAAGAAGCUCUGCGAGGUUCUGGAUAAAUCCAGCAGCAAAGGAUGGCGAAAACUCGGAGAGAUAGUCGGCAGUGACAGGCGGUUCAAAGUCAGCUCAGACGACAUGGAGAUGUGCUCCCUGAAGGUGCUGGAGCUGGAGGGCAGCCCGAGCCUCAUGCUGCUGAGGCUGAUGGGAGAGCGAGGCUGCACCGCGGGUCACCUGAUGGAUUACCUCCAGACUCUGGGCAACCAGGACGCUCUGCAGUGCCUGAAGCCGCCAGCCCUGCAGAUCGUCAUUCAGCCCCAGUCUGUAGCUCUUAUUUGUGGCCACAAUCUGCGCCUCAGCUGCCACGCCGUCGGCAAAUCUCCACUCCAGUACCAGUGGUUCAAAUCUAAGGAAGAGGUGCCAAACAGCUCCUCCCCAGACCUGGUGAUUAGUCCGGUCCAUCUGAAGGACGCCGGCUUUUACAUCUGCAGGGUGAACACUGGAGACGACUUUGAAUUCAGCCAGUGGGUUCAGGUGGACGUCCUGAAUGUCGCCGUGUCUUAUGGAGGGCAGAGUUAUCAGUCCUUAGACGGCCGGAUGAAGGUGGUGAUCCAGCCUCAGUCCCAGCGGCUACAUGUCGGUGAAAACCUGCAGCUGGAGUGUGGAGCCGUCGGACGUCCGAUUCCUCGGUAUCAGUGGCACAGAAACGGGGUGCCGAUCGCAAACGCCUCAAACAGGAAACUCACGAUUCCUCACGCGAUGCAGGAUCAACACGGCAGGUACCGCUGUGAGAUCAGCAGCAGAAGCAGCAACAACUCUGAAAGGAUGUGGACCAAUGAAGUCGAUGUUAUAAUAGCACCGAGGAUAUCUGUCCAGCUUUCAGGGGCAAUGGAGUGCUCUGAAGAUGACAUAUACGCCAUUGGAAGAGAUUCCAGUGACUUUUUCUUAAACAGUAUUCCUGAACAACUUUAUGCGACCGACAAGGUGGCGUUGCUGAUCGGCAACCUGUCGUACCAGAACCACCCUCAGCUCAAAGCUCCCAUGGUGGACGUCUACGAUCUCACCAACCUGCUGCGGCAGCUAAACUUUAAGGUGGUUUCGCUGCUGGACCUCACGGAGUCGGAGAUGAGAAACGCUGUUGAUGAGUUUCUGCUGCUGCUGCACAAAGGCGUCUAUGGUCUGCUGUACUACGCCGGUCAUGGUUACGAGAACUACGGAAACAGCUUCAUGGUGCCGGUAGAUGCUCCAAACCCCUACAGGUCAGCCAACUGUUUAUGUGUGCAGAGCAUCCUGAAGCUGAUGCAGGAGAAGGAAACCGGCCUCAAUGUUUUUCUGCUGGACAUGUGCAGGAAGAGGAAUAUUCAUGACGACAGCACUCCAAACAUUGUCCUGAGGGUUACGGCCAACAUAGUGUUUGGAUAUGCAACGUGCCAGGACGCCGAAGCCUUUGAGCUGAGCUCCAGCGGCUUCACCAACGGCGUGUUUGUCAAGUUUCUGAAGAAGCGUCUGCUGGACGACGAGAAGAUCACAGUGGUGCUGGACAGAGUCGCUGAGGACAUGGGUCAGUUUGAUGCUACGAAGGGUAAGCAGGCUCUGGAGAUCCGCAGCAGUCUGUCAGAGAGGAGAGCGCUGACCGAUCCUAUUCUGCCCGGCGACAGCGCUGACCUCCUUCACGCUCACAGCCGUCAGUGGGCGAAAGCUCACGAGCUUCCUGAGAGUAUGUGUCUCAACUUUGACUGCGGUGCUCAGAUCAAGUUGGGCUUCGCUGCUGAGUUCUCCAACGUGCUCGUCAUUUACACCCACAUCGUGAAGAAGCCGGAGGACAUGUCCUCCUGCCAGGCUCACGUCACUGAUUUCACACAGGACCUGGAUGUGGAUCCUAAAGAGAUGAACAGAGAGACUCCAGAGGAAACAGGAAUCUACCUUCUGUCCAGCUGCCUGCCGCAACACUGCCUCUACACCAGACUGAGCUCACUGCAGAAACUCAGGGAGGAGCUGGUCUUCACCGUUUGCCUUCAGGGCACUUUCGCCUCCAUGGACGACGACCAUCCCGUCCAUUGGACCAAAAGCGUCAACAUCGGCAAGCCGCUGAUCGCUCGGCUGGACCUCCACCGGGCCAUGAGGCGGAACAGCUGCCUGCAGACCUGCAUGAUGCCCCACAGUCCGUCCCACAGCCCCUGCCACAGCCCCGGGCCCGAACACCGCCUCCACCCCCAUCACGGGUCUCUGCAGGCCCAGGACAGCAACCGGCUCUCCCCCCAGCAGCGCUACCUGGACAUCUGUGAGCAUCUCCAGGGUACAGUGGGAGGCUGCAGGGAUUCCUACUGUGACCACCUGAGCCAACGUCGCUACGAUCCGCCGUACGACUCCCCUGAGGGGCUGUCGAGCUCCCCAGGGCGACUCAGCAUCCCGAUAGAGGCCACGGACGACAUCGACGAGCUGCAGACGGUGUUCAUCAACAGUCUGCAGCCUCAGCUGUAGUGAAACACACGGAGGCUUUGCUGCUGUAUUUCCUGUUACAUGCCGUGAAAAGAUUUUGUGUUCUUGGAUUUAUACGCAUUAUUUGUAUGCUGCCAUACGUAUAUUUUGUAAAUACAUUUUUAGAGAUAUCAACAAUUGCAUUUCAGUAAACUGACAAAGGGUGACUGAUGUAGAUUUUUAGUGCUUUCAAACAGAACUGGAAUUGUUGCUUUAUUCAAACUUUAAGCCAAGUGAGGUCAAAUUAAAGGUCAAAGAGCAUCAUCCUUAUUUUGUAAAAUAUUAAACAUGAAGAGAGAAGAAGGUGGAUGAAAACUUUGAUCUCAAACAGUCAUGGACAAAAAAGUCAGCAGAUUUUUUACUCAAGCAAAAGUUUCAAAAUCUCGAUAUUUGCAUUGCUGCAUUUACAAUUAAUAACCACUUUAUUUACAGUUCCCAGUGUGAGGUUUGAGCCUCUGGUUUGAGUGAUCUUAAGAUGAUUGACCAAAGAAAAAUUCCGCAUCCCAAAUGUUGUUUUUCUUCUUUUUGUUGUUUUUGCAUUGUCCUCUGUUCACAAAAUCUUAGUUUUUUGUUAAAUAAUUUUAUCUCCUUGUUUCAAAAAAAUUACUCAAAUGUAGUGUUGCAAUUAGUGCAUUGUUUUUACCUGAAUUUGAGUAUAAAGUAGCAUAAACUGGAAAUACUCAAGUACAAGUACCUCAAAACAUUUACUCAAGUCUAUAUUUUUGUGAAAACUCAUUCCACCACUGAUCAUAGAUAUGUCUGAGAGGAAAUAUGAUUAAAUACCUUCACACAUGAAGUAUUUUUACAAAGCUCUUCCUCUGUUUUCUGUCAGUGUUCCCUCAGGAUGGCAGUAGAAGGCCUUUGUGUUAAAAACUUUCCACCAGCUGCCUCCUAGCUGUUUGCAUUAUAUAACAUGAGCCCAGUUUAUAUCCUUGUCUUACUUUUAACAAAUAUUUCAGAACAUUACAGAAUACAUAUAAUUUGUAUUGUAUUCUUUUAGAUUACUCAAAGUGGUAAUAUAUUAAAUAAUUACUCUGACAGAAUAUACCUAUCCCAAUUUUCUCUUGUUUUAUUUUUCACAAUAUUAAGCUAGGAAAUACAACAAUGUGGAUUUACAGUCUUACACAAUAUUUAUUUUCAUUUUCUGGCCUUACAUCUAGUCUUCUUAAAACAAAAAAUGGCACAAAAAAGCUUUUUUUAAAAUUCUUUCUUUGAUUUUCCAUUUACAUGAAAUGAAUGAAAAAGUUCUGACUGUGGGGAAGCUAGCUCACUUAACAAAAGGUUUUCUCUGUUAGUUGUUUAAAGGUUUCAGGCAUUUAGGAAGAUGUUUAAGUUAUAGCAAAUAAAUAUAAAUAAUCAGUCAGAAAUUUGGCUCAUUUUAUGUAUGUUCUGGUUUGGCAUGGUUUCAUUUGGUGGUUUGCUUGCUAGUUAGCAUGCUAACAUGCUAACGUUGGCUAUCAUAUCAGCUGAGUCGCUUGCUAGGUGGUAAUUUACCUAGCAAAUAAAAUAUUAAACUACAACUAAUUUUAAAUUUCAGGGUAAAUAUUGCAGAAUUUAAAAUAUUCAUGUAGUAUAUAAUACAAUACAGUAACUUAGAAUAGAAAAAAUACAAUAGAAAUACUUUAUUGAUCCCCAGUGGUAAAUUGUUACAAUAGCAAGCAGAAGUAAAGUGAACACCACCACAAAUACAAAUAAAAACAAAUGAGUAAAAAUGAACUAAAGUGAAAUUUGCCCAUAAAGCUUGUUUGUUUAGAAUAUACUUUAAUGCACUCAUAUUUUGUACUGUAGAAACACAUACACGAACAUGUAUUCUAUUACCCUCCACCACUGUCCUUAGACUUUAUUACUUUCUGCCCCCUCGGUGAACCAUGAAACUUUCCAAAACACUCUCACCACUUUCCUCCUGGGAUUUAAGCCACUGUUUGCUUUAAUAUCCGCCACAUGUUCAUGUUGAUGCUUCUAAAUUUGGCCUGAUGUUGAGAGAUCGCAGAGCUGCCAAAGUCCACUGCCCCUCUGAUUUACAUUAUUAUACAAACUUUUCAUUUACCAGUUCUUAUAGGCAUACAUCUAGACCUGAAUCUUCAUUUUCUAUAGAAUAAAAGUCUGAUAGAACAAAAUAAUCUGGGUCACUGUUCUUACAGGAUAGGUCACACACAAAUGCUACAACUGGUUUUAAUUGUGACCAAUAAAUGAAGGAGUUCAUUGAAUAACUUCUACUGAAUACUACAUGUCUUGCAUUAGGUCUCUUAGCCUAUUAUGGAGACUAAUUAGGUGAUAUGAUUCUGUGCAGCUUACUUCAAGAGGCCUCAUUCAUACUCAUCUAUUUCUCUCAAAGUUAUUUCUUUUCAAAUGCAGUUUAUGGAAAAACGGUCACAUUCAGCCACAGAUGAGACAAACACAGGGAUUAAAAAAAAAAGCCCAUUUAUUAGCCAAGCCAGGUCCUCAGAUUGAUCUGUAUCAUCGACCUAAUUGUUUGCUUGUAUAUAGUUCUGUGAAUGUGUUCUGUUCUUGCAGGUUAAACUAUAAAUUUUAAUUUUGUUUUUCAGGUUUUCUGUGAGGCACUUCUUAGGAUGCCACUGAUUACAGGUAGCCAACCAGCACACCUGUUGGCAAUGAGCUGAUUAACACUGCCUGCUGGUGACAACUUAAAAAGGACACAGGGAUAAAAAAGACUCAUUUAUUAGCCAUGCCAGGUCCUCAUACUGACCUGUAUGAUCGACCUAAUUGUUUGUAUAAUCAGUAUGUAGUUUUGUGAUUGUAUUUUGUUCUUGGAAGUUGAAAUUUACAUUUAAAUUUAGUUUUUCAGGUUUUCUGUGAGGCAAAUCUUAGGAUGCCACUGAUUACAGGUAGCCACCUAGCACACCUGUUGGCAAUGAGCUGAUUAACACUGCCUGCUGGUGACAACUUAAAAAGGACACAACCAUGAAUGCAGUUUUGUCCCUCUGGUUCCACUUGUUUUGUGUACUUUACACAAAAUAUGUGACAAGUUAUCUCCAGGAGAGACCCAAUAGAGGAGUGUUUGGGGAGCUUAGGGGAUAAAAUGUCCUGCUGAUCUGAC